CGGCUCUCCUUGUAAUCUGAUCAGGAAGUUAGAUAUGACUGAUUUUGAAACUAAUUGGUUAGUCUAUAAUGAAAUACCCGUCUCCAUAACACACCUCACUGCACAUAUGAAUAUUAAUGACCAUCUAAACUUGAAAUUACAAGCAGUCCACAGUCCAUUGUCCAUUUCAUAUACACACAUACUUCAAAGUCGAUACAUGUCUCCCUCAAAUCAAGAAAAUGUCUGAGAAAAGGCCAAAUUUUGGACUGGAUGAAGGAAUGAAGAAAAAGUUGAAGUUGGAUGGAUCUGCAAGUGGAACACUUGCUAAUCAAGAAACCUUGAAGCCUUCAAGGGGAAAAGGAAAAAGAAAAAGAAAUCAAGCUGAUGAAGACAGCUUAAAGGAACAAAUGUGGGAAAGAUCCAGCAGCAAAGAUCAGACUCCAACCCAGAGUCGAUCUGGAUCAAUUCAUACAACCCUCCUCUACAGGAAGAGAUUAACCUACGAAGAUGUCCUCACCGGCAGGCUUACGAUUCCACCGGAAUCUGCAAGAAUCGUUUUACCAAAGUGACCUAAACGGAAAUAUGACAGGAUCAUGGUGGUUCCAUUUAAGGACAAUAAGGGAGCGAUCUGGGAGAUGGAGGCUACACACCAAGGGCUUUCAUUGAACUGGGACAAAUUUGUGGAGGAACAUGGAUUGCAACCCAACGAUGCGAUUUCCUUCUACGAUGAUGACCCCAGUUCUGAUUACUACAACAUAAACUAUGAAAAAAAUGGGGAUGUUUUCAUGGGUUAAGUGCAUUCAGAAUCCAGGUGAUUGAUCUUAAUUUGCUUUUGGUAUUGGGGCUUCCCAAGUGGUAUCUCUCUUGAUUCUUUCAUUCGUAGCAUUCGAUUCCAUCAAUUGUAAGUUCAUAGCCUAAUAUUGUUUAUAUAUGUUUCUUGGUUGUGGAAAGUGAUAAAGUU